CAGAACCAAGAUGGCGAUUGUGUAGUUCUUCGUGCGUCGUUUUUGCAGAGUUUUGUGAAAUUCCACGCGCUCCCUCAGAAAAAAACAUUUUUUACACGUCCUUCGGUAGCAAGCAGAGAGCAAACCUUUCCACAUACUUCAAAAGAUCUCCAAGUAGUCAGAAACGCACGAAGUAAACAAGAUGGUGGACAAAAUUGAAAUGAGCCUUGACGACAUCAUCAAGUCCACUCGCUCGCAAAAAAAGCCGCAAGCCGCCCGAGGCGGACCAGGUGGCGCCCGAAAGCCGGGCGGCCAGCAGCGUUCUGCCAGUAAUGCCCGCCGUGGCGGCGCCAGUGCCGGCGGGUCGCCCAGGAAGCCAGGAAGCGCGCUCAAAGGUCCGCGAGGAGGGGUGGCCGGCGGAGCCGUUCAGAAGGCCAAGUUCCCACGGGGCGAUGUGAACAGCGCUUGGAAGCACGAUAUGUAUGACGGACCAAAGAGGGGAGCCGUAGGUGGAGGAUCCGGGCCCACCCGUCUCAUCGUCGGCAACCUGGACUACGGCGUAUCCAACACGGACAUUAAGGAGCUCUUCAACGACUUUGGGCCGAUGAAGAAGGCAGCAGUGCACUACGAUCGUUCUGGUCGCUCGUUGGGCACCGCUGACGUGAUUUUUGAACGUCGCGCCGACGCCCUGAAGGCCAUUAAGCAGUACCAUGGCGUGCCUUUGGACGGACGCCCUAUGACCAUUCAGCUGGCCGUCUCAGACGUGGCCGUGUUGACCCGUCCUGUAGCCGCUACCGAUGUCAAGCGUCGCGUUGGUGGUGCUGCAUCAGCUCCAUUCAAGCGUGGUGGUGGCCAAGCUGGUGGAUCGUCGCGUCGUGGCUUCAAACGUCCUGUCGGAGGCAAGCCGGCGGCAGGCGGCCAACGACGGGAGCGCAAGGCACCACCCACUGCAGAGGAGCUGGACGCCGAACUGGACUCGUACAUCAACGACAUGAAGAUCUAAAUAGUCAAUAGUCUGAAUUAGUCUUACAAGAACACAAGAGAAACACAAUCCCUAGUUUUAAGCCUACCAUAUGGACACCCCCGCUUGGUACAUAAAUGCAUCCGGAUCGACAACGCCGCGCAGGAGCAGAUCUAAAUAUUGUUCACUUUAAGAACAUCAGACAUCAAAACCUAAAUCCCACUUGCGCAUGUAUCCACUAAUUGUUAAUUUUGUCAACGCAGCGGAUGUUGGGAUAAGUCAACUAACUGAAAUACAUUUGAUGCUGUAUUUAUUAUAUAUAGAAAUACGCUUUACAAAGUUCGACGAUUAAUUAAUGGACACUUGUAAUUCUAAACUGAAGUGUAAUAAAUACUAGAAUUAAUUUCGUGACCAAA